UCCCUGUAGCCCAGGCGUAGCAGUUCACUGGCCUCGAUUCUCAUUCUCAGCGGUCUUAGUUUGGAUCGAGUUACUGGUUCUUUAUAACCUGACCUUCUACGCCAGACUGGAGACACGAGCGUCGCAGCACAUAAACUAAAGGCUGGACUGACUUGCCUCGCGACUUUCAAGCGGCUUGGACUCGGAAGUCGGGGACACCGCUAGCCGCGCGCUUCAGCGGUCGGGACUUGUGAGUUAAAAGAGCGAGAAGCAGCGCGCAGACGGCGUUUACGGAUUACCGAGGCUGGACAUGAAUUUUCAAAAGACGUUUUCGGUGAGUGAAAGUCAUUUUACCGCUACAAAGUCAGAGUGAUAAGCAACGCGCGUCUUUGGGAUAUGCGCCUCAGCCGCCACUGCAACUGCUGCUGCUAAGGAGACAGACUCUCGAGGAGGAGUACACUCAUCCACUCAGACCCUCGCACGUACAGAGAAGCCCCAUCGAAUCGGCGAAACCAUGCAGCUCCGAACUGUCCAGGAGGCGAAAGUUGUGGAUGUGGAGAAGAGGAGAAACCCGUCCAAGCACUACGUUUAUGUAAUAAAUGUUACAUAUUCGGAUUCAACAUCUCAGCCCAUUUACAGGAGAUACAGCAAAUUUUUUGACCUCCAGAUGCAGAUCCUGGAUAAAUUUCCUAUUGAGGGAGGGCAGAAGGAUCCUAAGCAGCGCAUUAUUCCCUUUCUUCCAGGUAAAAUUCUUUUCAGGCGAAGUCAUGUCCGAGAUGUUGCAAUAAAAAGACUUAGACCCAUUGAUGAUUACUGCCGGUCUCUUGUACGGCUGCCUGCCUUCAUCUCCCAGAGUGAGGAUGUGUUGAGGUUUUUUGAGACUCGGCCUGAGGACCUCAAUCCUCCAAAGGAAGACUAUGGCUCCAAACGAAAAUCAGUAUGGAUGUACAGUCUGUCAGACAGUCCAAAGAAAGGAGCCGACAAUUCAGAUCCCAUGGUGCUGGAGCAAUAUGUGGUGGUAGCCAAUUACGAGAAACAGGAGAACUCUGAAAUCAGCCUGAAAGUGGGAGAAGUAGUGGAUGUAAUUGAAAAGAACGAGAGUGGCUGGUGGUUUGUCAGCACAGCAGAAGAGCAAGGUUGGGUACCAGCCACAUACCUAGAUUCCCAAAGUGGAACCCGUGAUGACCUAGAGCUCAGCACAUCAAGAAGUGGAGAAGUUACUAAGCGACGAAAGGCUCACCUGAAGCGCUUGGACCGGCGAUGGACGCUGGGCGGAAUUGUGAACCGACAGCAAAGUCGAGAGGAGAAAUAUGUCACUGUUCAGCCUUAUGUCAGCCAAAGCAAGGAUGAGAUUGGCUUUGAGAAAGGGGUUACCGUGGAGGUCAUCCAGAAGAACCUAGAAGGAUGGUGGUAUAUCAGAUACUUAGGCAAAGAAGGAUGGGCUCCUGCAUCAUACUUAAAAAAGAUCAAAGAUGAUUUUUCACCUCGUAAGAAGACAUUGACAGGUCCUGUUGAGAUCAUUGGAAACAUCAUGGAAAUUAGUAAUCUCCUGAACAAAAAGCAGAUGAGUGAAAAGGAUGUUCAAACAGACAAUGAUCCAGAUGAAACCCCAAUUUCCAAAAAAGAAAUCAGUCUUCCUAUUCCAUGUGAAGAUACAUUUGGCAGUAGCACUGUGCUGCAGGAGAAACAAACAAACAAGGCGACUCAAGGUUCGCCAGCUGUUGCACGUAUCGCCCCUCAGAGAGCUGAACACAGUUCUCCAAACUUAAGACAGAAACCUCCUCCCAGAAGAGAAACUAGUUUGGGAUUUCAGUUACCAAAGCCACCAGAACCCCCAACAGUUGAAGUUGAGUACUAUACCAUUGCAGAGUUUCAGUCUUGUAUAUCUGAUGGAAUCAGCUUCCGUGGAGGACAAAAGGCUGAAGUUAUUGAAAAGAACUCUGGUGGAUGGUGGUAUGUUCAUAUUGGGGAUAGGGAAGGCUGGGCUCCAUGUUCUUACAUCGACAAAAGGAAGAAACCUAACCUUAACAGAAGAACAAGCACCUUAACCAGACCUAAAAUCCCCCCUCCAGCUCCCCCAAUCAAAAAACAAGAGUCAGAGGAGCUUUCUUCUUCUAGCAAGAAUUUAAAAGGAGAGACUCCAGAGUCUCCACACAAGUUCAAGUAUGAGGAGCCAGAGUAUGAUGUCCCUGCCAUUGGUUUUGAUUUAGAAUCUGAACUUGAUUUUGAACAUCAGGAUAUCCUAAAAGUGUCGCUAUGUGAAGCUGUGACAUCUGAGAUUGCAGCUCUCCAGUCUUCCAAAUUAUCUCAACCUUUGUCUUCUCUCCAGAGAGCAAAAUUUAAAGUUGGGGAAUCAUCAGAAAAUGUAGCUGAGGAUGAUAAGACUAUCUAUGAGAAUGAUGGUUUCAGGACUUGCUGUGAUGAUACUGCCUCCAGCAAAGAAUCCAGUGGUGAUUCUGAGCCUCAGAAAGCCAGUACCCAGUCUAGCAUUAUUAGAGCGUCAUCCUCAAGAACAUCUGUUGAUUUUGUAAAAAGUGCUGUUAAGGCUCAAGUUGAUUCUGCCAAAAACCAGUCACUUAGCAAGAGUGACGAUACUAAACCACGAUCAGCUUCUGAUGUAAGCAGUCGAAGUACAGUGAAGGCACAACCAAGGAUUGAUGUUGAGGAAAGGAUAGGGCAGAGCCCAUCUACCAAACCAAAGCCUCGAGUCAGGCCCAAACCUCUUAUCUCCAAACAAGAAGGCCAAAGUCCAGAAAAAAUGGAUAUUACUAGUCUAAGGAGACAUCUGCGGCCAACUGGACAACUUAAACAUAAUUUAAAAGCAUCAUUAGGAGAGGAUUCCGAAACAGCUUCUGUCAUCUCUUCUGAAGACUCUGCUUCUUCCAAAAGUAUGUCAGAUCUCUCAAGCAUAAACUCUAAAGGAAGCAGGGGUGAUUCAGAAUAUGAAAUGAUAUAUAGAACCAUUGACAACUAUGAAAAAGUACAAGAAACUGAAAUCAGCUUUCCAGCUGGAGUUGAUGUUGAGGUGGUUGACAAACAGGAGAGUGGAUGGUGGUACAUCAGAUAUGGUGAUGACGAAGGUUGGGCUCCUGCAUAUUUCUUGGAAUACUUGAGUAGCAAGACAACAGACACUGCAGGGUCAGAGUCUGAGGACACUCCAACGAAACAGGGAAGCAGAAGCAAGUCCAAUAGUCUGGAAAAAAAUGAGAAAAGGGUUCAGGCAUUAAAUAACAUCAAUCAAAAUAUGAAGAGGGCAACACCACCCAUUCCUUCAAAACCUCCGGGUGGUUUUUCAAAACCUACUGGAAUGGUCAAUGGCUCCGUGAAAAUGAGAAAUGGAGUACGACAGUUAGCUGUAAGACCACAAUCCGUCUUUGUUUCUGCACCUUCGAAAGAUACUAACCUUUACUCAGGGUCCCUACGCAGAAAUGAAUCCCUGAAUUCUACUGACCACUUAAGGUCUGGUGUGUCAGUAAGACGAAAUUCUUCUUUCAAUGCUGUGAGAAGCCAGGCAGAUGAUGCCAAACAAAAAAACCCUGAAAAAAAAGCAAUGGGUUGCACAGAUGCAUUAUCAAAAGCAUCUCCAAGGAAUGGCAUUCCUGUGUCCACUGUCAAACCAAAGCUUGUGGACAGGUCUCCUCUCAUACAGAGCAAUCCCAAAGAGCUUUAUGUUUCCAUAGCUGAUUACCGUGGGGAUGAAGAGACGAUGGGAUUCACAGAAGGAACAAGUUUGGAAGUCCUUGAACGAAACCCAAAUGGAUGGUGGUACUGCCAGAUUUUAGAUAGUUUACGCCCCCAGAAAGGUUGGGUACCUUCAAAUUAUUUAGAGAAAAAAAACUAACUUAUUGAUUGUGUAUUUUUUUUCGUAUAUGUGUGUGGUUUUCUUUUUUUUAAUAACAUGCACAGUUUUACAGAUACUGAAUAGUACAAUGUACUUUAGGAAACGUUUUUGAGUGUUCGUUUACCAGUGUAAAUGUAAAAUAUGAUGUUUCAUGAUCAUGAAUUAAAAAUGAGACAUGCUGAGGGAGUGGCCACCCUGCUGUCUCAAAUGGAUCUAAGAAAAACUAAAGCUAAGAUUUUUCUUAAAGGAAGAAAGGAAACAAUGGGUGAUAAUUGGAAUGAAAUUUGCAAUCUUGCUGAAAUUAGGAACUCAUUAAAUUGUUUUGGAUAUCCAAAGAGGUGCCUUUUUUACUUUUCACUUAAUUAUAGACCAAAUAAAUAAAAGGCUGACAGAUCUUUGUGUGGUACUUGGAUGCUUAUGCAAAAUGAUCACAGCUCUUUGAAGAUCAAGACGUUUUAAUUUUCUUUAAGCGCUACAUCCGGAAGGAGCUGUUGGAAUGGAGUUGUGGAACUGAAGUGAAAAUUCAAAGAUCUGCAGGAUUUGAAUUAAUGAAAAGAAUGGAAAACCAAAACAGGCGCCAUGAAAGCCAUAGGAUGAAUACAAAAAAGGCAGUGAUAUUUUCAUUACCUUUUUUUGAUCAUAAUGGCAGCUUUUAAAAAAGCAAUUACAAAAAAACUACUUUAUGUGUUUGUUUUUACAGUUUUAAAGUGUUUUUUCUAUUUUCAUGACUUUCUUAGAGAUUUAUUUCUGAUCUGGUCUUGUGACACUAUCAGCCUGGCUUUUACACAGUCAAAACUAACUUUUGUGCUUAAAUUAGACUGUUAAGCGUUUUCCUGCAGGGUAUUCAGGUUCUUGUUUUAUUACCUUAAAUCUGUCUUCCAGUUUCAACUUUAAUAAUAUAUUUUUUCACUUGAACUCCUUAAAAUUUUAAAUUAUAAUUCAAAAAAGGAAUAAAUUGCACAGUUCCUCCCCAAGAGUUUAGUUUUGCUAGACUUCUGAUUUUCAGUGACCUUUCUUAACAUUUGAAUUUUGUUUACAAAAAUAUAAAUUAAAAACUUUAUUUUUAUACCAGGUAAUCCAGAAAAUAUACUUUGUAUAUAUUGCUGCUUAUUGUCCUUUUCACUUGUGAAGGAUUGAGGAUUUGUUUUUUCUUUCCUGCUUGUCUGUUUCCAACGGAAACAGGAGAUAUUACUGGAAAACAGGCUUGGAAAUAGCCAUCCAAACCCAGGGAUCUGAAGUUCUAGUGUCCCAAAAUGUGAUCAGACCUAAUAUGCCCAUGUAAGGGAGUACUCAUUUGACAUUUUAUGAGACCUAAAACCAAAUUAGUAUAAUGGGUUAUAUUGUUUCUCAGUGUAGGUUAAUGAGAAUCACUUUUCUUGAGGCCGAGUAUCUUUAAAUAUGUUUGAAAAUUAUAGGAUUAUGUCACUGAUAAUUGAAAAUCCUUUAAGUGUGAAAGGAAGACUCAGUAGAGGAACAGAACUGUGUCAUGAACUGGAUUUCCACGGGCACCCACUGGAGUCAUACCUGGAUCAGUGGGAAAUGCCACAGCCCCCCAGGGUGCGUCACUCAGAGGUACAGAAAACUGCUUCUUAUGUGCAAAGGCUGACGUUCAAGACUGCUGAAAUAUUUUUCUAAAGAAAAGCAUGGAGUUAAGUUCUGGGCUCAAUGCCAUUUUUGUUUAUUUUCUGCUGGACAGUAUUAAACAAUAGAUAGGAUAAUCUGCUAGAUUGCAGUAAUAUUAUAUUGGCAUAAAGUAGUUUGUAGUGUGAUUACACAUUGCCAAUAAUGAUGGAUGAAGUGGUUCAUUAUUUGUGAAUUAAUGCACUUUACACAAAGAAAAACUGGGUGCAUUACUUAAAGAUGCAGUAUAAUAUUUUGAGAAUCCAGGACAUUAUUUAUUUUUUUUUAAGUAAAAAUUAUUUAUAAUUAUUUAAAAUGCGCGUAUUCUGAUUUACCUGUUUUGCAGCAUUCUCUGUCAGUUGCAAAGGUGGUGUCCCGAUAGAUCAUUUAUGUCUAUUGGACUGCUCUCUAAACACGUUGCUUGUUUUUACGAGUGCAUUUUUUUAGCCUCCACUUCUGACAGUCAUUUCUUUGCACAGAGAGACCUCUAGUGAUAGGCAGCUGUUACUGCAGCUUUAAUCACUGCUUUUUUUAAAGAUUUAAACAAAAACAAAACAAAACAAAAAUACAUGUAAAUAAAUUGAAUGGUUUCCAAAAGGCAAUGCAAAUGAUGUGUUAUUCACUUUUACAUAAAUUAGGCAACCUCUUUUUGUGAAAUUACUGUUCCAAUGCUGUAUACUGCAACUUUAACAAUAAUGGGCACUUCCUAUGUCGUUAUUGCAAUCUAUAUAAUGCCUGAUUUUCUUUUCUGUUUAUUCUUUAACAUUUCAGCAGUUUUUUUUCUGUUUGUUGUUUCACAGCUUUCAGUUGCUGACAGAUUACAAUAUUUACUCAAAGUGAGAAUGUGCUGACAAAUUACCUUUGUUCCAUACAUUGAAAUGUUAUCAAAUAAGAGUGUAAAAUAUCUUUAUGUGGAGCAUCAACACUUUCAUGCAGCUGAGGCCAAGAGAUGGUUUGGGUGAGCAUGAGAAGGAGGGAAUUGGGAUCCAAUAAAAAAUACUGUGGUUUGCAGCACCAGAAUAAGAAUUAAAAAGUGUGAGGGGGCAUUCUGACAGCCCCUCACAUUGACUGUUAAACCCAGUAACUCAUUUUUACUAUGUCAUUGCGUACUGCCCUAUUUUCAAAUCAGUUGCAGUGUUCUGCAUUUGGAGACCGUUUGGGAACGUGUUACACAAUAAUGUUACAAAAUUGAGCAAAGAGCUAAGAACAAAAUACAAACUAGUUUCAAGACCUUAUUAGUAAGACAGAAAUAUACUGAACAAGAGAGUCUUCAAAUACUUUCUAAACACACUGAAGAAGUUAGAAUUUUGAAUAUAAGUGGACAGCUCUUUCUACCACCUAGGGACCUACACUUGAAAACAGUCUGCACUGAGAUUUGAUACCACACAAAGAUGACAUCAUCAGAUCUAAGUGGUUGAGAGGAAGCAUAAAAUCAUAGGGUCUCCAUAUACAGUACACUGUAUAUUAUCAAUGAUCAAGUAAUAUCAUUUAACUGUAUGUAAAUAUAAAAUAACACGGCUCAUAUCUUGAAUUUUUUUUUUAAAGAUUUGAGAAAUAAUCUCGGAAAACAUUUCUGUCCAAAUAAUUGAACCAGCACACUUUGAAGCUUGCUGUAGUCUGUCAGUUGUUAGAUCUCAGCAAAUCAAGGAACUGUUGAACUGUGAAAAACAACAAACCUGUGAUUUUCCAUGUGUACAGUCCUGUGUUGCCACCCAAAUUCAUUUCUCAAUGUGUACAAGGCACAUGGACUUGUGAAGAUUUUUUAAAGAACUUUUUAGAUAUAAAUCAAACAAAACUCUCCCCACCCACACCAUGAACUACCCCUUGAAUUUGACGAAGGCAUUAUAUAUCAAAUGUUUAAUCACUCUAUUUUAGUACUGCACAUAUUAUUAGUAAUUACAUUGCUUUUGUAAUAAAUAGAAUUUACACUGCUUGUUUGCCUCUUUAUGAAACCAAGGGAAUUUGUAAUCUCACUGUGCAUACUAAACUUUGUCAUAAAGCUAGUUAUACUAUAGUUUUAGUAUUUAAAGUGUUUCUGAGUAGAAGUUUCAUCAUUGUGUCCCCCCUUUUAUUACAGUUGUUUAUCUUGUAUUUUAUUUUCUUCUCUGUGUUCUGCUUAAUUCACCCACAACAUGGUAAAUAGCACAUGGUUCUCCAUAUGGUAGCACUUGUUUCUUUUGUGGAAACAGACCAUUGUAAUUUAGUGGAGCUGAAAAGGUCAUGAACUACCUAAAAUAUAUUUUAUUUUGUAUAUAUCAAGAAAAUAUGGGCUGUUUUUGACACUAAUUUUGCAUGGUCAGCACUUCUCUGUUUUAAAAAAUCAAAAACCUCAGUGUUUAUAUGAAAAUCUUUCUACAUGUGUUUUCAGCCAAAUAUGUCCAUUAUUUAUCAAAUAUAUCCUCUGAAGAAAAAAAAGUCAGUUUUAGACCUUAAAAAAAGGAACACACAUUUCAAAUCAGACUGCUUUAUUCUUUAUUUAUCGAGCAAGUCAAACUACGUCUGGCUUCUCCAAAAAAUAGGAAACCUGGUGUAGGUGAAGGUGCCAUGGUUUUUAGAUUCAGAUGGUGGGUUUGUCUUGGGUUGCAGAUAGUGCCCUGCUCAUCUGAAUGUUGAUGUGAUUGUGAUACAUUCUUGUAAAGUCAUUCCUUGGCUGCAGUUGUCUGUGAUGCUCUGACCACUGAUGCGUGUUAUGACAACUAUUGACUUAAAUUCUGAUUAAGCUCUGAAUCAUUAAAUCCUUCCACGAUUCCAGCUAAGGUUGUGUGGUGUUCUGGUACUGGAAAAGAAACAAAAAACCCAGUUUUAAAAAUGGUACAGUAGCAGCGGUUCAGUAUUUUUAGUACCAGAAGUAAACAUUACUUUUUUACUCAUCCAACCACCUUUGACAGGCACCCACCCACCCACCUUUUCUUGUUUAAACACAUACUGGAUGCUACAAGAGGGAAGAUAGGGACCUUUUGUAGUUAUCCAGUAUUUGCUUUCGAAUGGUUUCAGUGCUGGUACUGAGAUUCAAGAGCUGAUAUCAAUACCAAAGUAAACAUUUUUAUGCUGAUCCAAGGCUAGUUCCCCCAACCAAUAAAAUGUUUAGAUAUGUGUAUCAUUGAAAGUAGAGGUCAUGCACUUAAAUGCUGAAAACAAUAGUUAUGAAUAUUCAAAUGGCCUGGAGAUUUUUGAUUCACUCUUCUUAUUAAUGUAAAUUGAAUCUAAGAUCUUUAUUUUGCCACAUUUCAGUAUGUCAGUAUUUCCCUGUUUCAAGACUCAGCAAAAUAAAAUUAAUGAUAAUAUGAAACUAUCAGCUAACAAGACGUUUCUGUUAUUUUUGAGUACCUUCAGCCAAUAGGGUUGCUAUCUAAAUGGUUCAAUGGCCAUCAUUUAAAAAAAAAAGUGUUUCAUCCAAAUACAAAUAUACAAUUCCAAAGAAAGAAAAUCAUAAAUAAAAAAACAACCAGACUUGUUUUUUCUUCUAUGCAUUUUACUUUUGCACUUCUGCACCAGUUCUGUCCUUGUUGGGGUAAGAUACCGUUGUGUGGUGGAGCAGGCUUAGCCUCUUGUGCAGCAACAAAUUUGGGUAUUAAUGUUGCUGAGUGUAUUUCCCCCUUCUUUACGGGAAGACGUCCUAGCGUAUAUCAAUCAGGUGCAUUCACAAUUAGACAAGUGGUAACAGGAGAAGCCUGUGCCAUCAGUGGCAGUCUGCUGAUAGUUGCUCGAGUUUAGCUUGCACUUGAACUUCUAGUAUACCUACUGUAUAUAAACACAAAGGCUGCAGGUCAUCCUGUUAACAGUUUGGCUACUUUCAAGUAUACUGUGAUGUAAGAAAUGCAGGUGAAGGUUAAGCAUGUUAGGAAAAUGAAUGAAAUGAAAUGACUGUUCACAAAUGUGUUAUUUCUCAAGUUAUUUAUUUUUUUUAACAUGCAUUUAACCUUUAGCCCCCUGUACAUGGACAGAGAUGCGGCCCUUGUCUGAAUCAUUGUAACAUUCAUUAAUAGACAGUAGAGUGCUUCUCCUGUAGUUAACAUUUAUUUAAAUGUGGAUCAAUACUGUUUAACUUGUGCUUUGAGAUCCUUUGCUUAUGGUGUGUCUCAUCAGUACUUAUCUGCAUAUUCUAACUAUUCCUUUAAUUAUUUUAGAGGCCCUGUUAUUUACAUUAUGUGCUUUUUGAUGUAUUUUCUGUUUCAACUAACUGUUACUUCUGUAUUAGUGAAACCGACUUUCAUAUGCCUUUACAAGCCUCCAUUCAUGAUAUCAGACAACCCAGCAUGUUGAUAUUGUUUAGCAGUCAGACAAGACAGUCGGUCCUGGGAAAGCGAUGAGGGUCCGAGAGUGUGAUCUGAAGGUGUGUGAGUGGCUUGAAGAAGAAGGUGUAUUGUAUGAAUUGUAGUUUUUAAAAGCAUGGCUAUUUCUCUGCCUUACAGGGAUUCACAGUGUUGAUGUGGUGCCAGCGAGCCCUGAGAAGAAGGGAACAUCAGUCUUGGGGGGGAGUGUCGUGUUACCUUAUGUUUAGCUGUGUCUGUGUGUCCUUGUUUUUGUUCUGAAUAAGGCAGUUGAGAAACAGCAGUAUGUUAGUGUGAGUGAGCGCAUGUGUGCGUGUGCAGUCCAGUCCUGUCAGGAGCUCAAGCAGGUCUUAUUUUUGUUGAAGGCUAAUGAAAUAGGAAGAAAGUGAGGAAGGUUUACAAUGAUGAUGGUCAAAUUAGAGUAAAAACAUAAUACUCGGAGGAUGAAGCACUAUUAGUUUGACAAGCUGUGGUUUUCUUGUAAGGCUCAUGAGAGUUAUGGAAAUGUUCAGUACUGAGGAAAACUGAAAUUAUUAAACUGCCAAAAGCAUUUAGUAAGAGGCACAAUUUUUUACUGCAUAUGAGUGAGUAUUAUGCUCACAUAAAACUGUCAAGUUUAUGUUUUAGUGCAAGGCAUUUCAAAAAUUGUUGCUUUUAUAUACCACUACCAUAGUCAGGGGAAAGUUUUGAAAAGAUUUCUUUAAUUACAGAUGUGUGCAGUAAUAUUGUAAUUUCAAUGGCGUCACUGUGCCUUUUAUUGCAAAAGUGAACAGAUAAGACAAAUCCCAACACACCACUCAUCUGCCUGAUGAAAGAUGUAUUUCAUAGUUCAGAUUUGUACUCUUUUGUUUUUUUACAGUUUUUGUUGUUGCUGUCUGCCUUGUAAGUAAUGUGAAUGACCAUGGUGCUAAUAGAAUUAUCUGAACUCAUAUGAAUGUUCAUCCUUGCCAUAGAGAUCACGCAACACAUAAUUGUGUUUUAUUUGUAAGGAUGCGUCUGAUUUCACCAAAGCAGAAGAAAGAAAGAAAAUUAUAUAUUUGCUGAUUUCAAAUAAAAAGUGAAAGAGGGCAAUGAGUAGUACAAUAAAAGCUAAUUUUUCAAAUGGUGGCACCACAUCCGAACAAUAAUGAUGAGUGGUGUUAGGCAUUUAAGAGAUCUGCUCUCUACCUGAAAAAAAAAAAUAGUGCUAAUUCUCAGAUUCAAAGUGAGGUGUGAACAGGGUAUCUUCCCCUCUCGUUGCAUAGUCCAUCUGAAAAUGGGAAACUAUCUUUUAAAAAUUGCUUUGUAAAACUUUGAUUAAUUUUUGUUUUGUUUUGUUUUGAAUAAUUUUAUGUUCACAUUGUAUCUGCAUUGCUCUAAGAAAACACAAUAAACCUAUGAUCUUUCUAGUG